AGAGUGUGAGAGAGAGAGUGUGUGUGUGUGAGUUGGAGUGAGAGACGAGGUGGGCACGAGGCGUCGAAAGGAGGCAACUUUCACCCUAGCCAGUGACAUUUACCGUUGGGGUGCCGCGCGGCGCUCGCCGUACCAGGAGGUCCCAUGUUCUCGCGCGGGGAGUAUGCGAUGAUAUGCCGUUGCAUCGAGUUGUGUUAUCACCUUCCGAGGAGCCCAAUCUCUAGAGUUGGUUCAUGGAGGUGGGCAUUUGCCAUCACCCGCCCACCUCACACACACUCUCUGUCCCCCGGACGGCAUGCCCGUUUCCGUCGCGGUCGUUGGCGGGCGGCCAAUCCCCAUCUCCGCUCCGCCUUGGUCUCCUUUGCCUCUCCCACCCUAUGGAUUCGUGGCGGGAUGACGAAAGCCCGUGGGCAGGCCAGCCAGCUAGAAGGCGCGCGGCCUCGGACGGUGGCAGUGGCGGCGGCGGCGGCGGCGGCGGGCGAGGAGGCACCCAGCCAAUCGAGGAGAUCCCGACAGCGUACUGCCCGAACGCUGCCGGGCAGGGGGUCAGGACGCGCGCGACGCAGACGUACGAACACGGACAGGCGCAAACACACAUGCCUACAUGCAUACACGCAUAAGCACAAGGCGACACGGCAGCGAGCAAGCACGCGCUGCCGCUGCUGGUGCUGGUUACUCGUGUCAAGGCGCACCCGAAUUAGAGGGAGGAGGGCGCAGAGAGAGUAGGACGUAGUUCUCUUCCAUCACGCACCAACGGCCUGGCGUUCCUCCCGUCUCGAGCAUCCGACCCCGAGCCGCUCCUCGUACAUGCCCUACCUUAGCUGCCUACCCAGCCUACCUGACCCAUCCGACCACCUACGCACAGCGUAGCGGCCGGCUGACCCCCCCCCCUCUCCCGCGAUCUGCGGAGACG